AGCAAGAAAUCUCCACCCUCCACACAGUGAGGAAAUUGCAGUGUGUAGUUUGGUUGCUACGCAUGUUAAUGACUUUGCACCCUGGGCUGUAGGAUCUGUUUUAAAAGAGGACAGGCGAGAAAGGCGAGCCUCACAUUGGAGGUGGAUUCUGUCGAGACAGGACAGAGGCACAGAGCAAGCCAUCAGAGAAUACACAGGAGGGCAGCCUGAACCUAUCCACUACUUCAUCAAUAAAACAAGAGCAAUAGGGACAUGAAACCCUUUGUAGCAGCUUUCCUUCUCCUUCUCAUAGCUGUGUGUACACUACACGUAGAAGGGUCAAAAUGCAAAUGUUCCCGAAAGGGUCCAAAAAUAAGAUUUUCUGAUGUGCAAAAGCUGGAAAUCAAACCAAGGCAUCCAUACUGCGAGGAAAAGAUGGUCAUUGUAACCAUGCAUGUAUCCCGGCUAAGAGGACAACAAUACUGCUUACACCCUAAACUACACAGUACAAAGAAGUUCCUCAAGUGGUACACAAUAUAUCGGGAAAAGAACAGAGUGUAUGCAGACUAAGAGGAGAUUCCAUCUGCAAGAUACAAUGACAGAGGCAACCUACUGCUCCAAAAGGAGCACAAGCAAAUCAGCAAUGUCUUUCCUAGUAUUCAGACAAUCUAUGCUCAUAUUAUAACAUGGGUCCAUUUUUACAUUUAUAGCCAUAUAUAGAAAGAAGACCUUUGAAAUCCAUAGUUUUCUCAUACUUUUCUGAAUUCUGCUGUAACUGUCUCUAUUAUUCUGGAAAUGGAAAGAUUUUGUGUUAUAAUUCUAUGAUACCUUGUGUGUGUUUAAAAUAAAGAUUCAUAGUAUGUAUGAGCUUUAUAAGUUCAUUAAGUAUGUAGAUAAAAAAGAUUACUUUGGUUCACCAAUUUCCUCUUUACAUAUUUAUUUCAAUUAUCCGUUUUCUAUCUUAACAACAUAUCUUAGUGAUGUGCAACAAAUGAAAAGUAAUAUGUUUCUCUGAAAAUAAAAAAAAAUCUCAGUAAUUUUAUUUCUUUGACCAUUCUUAUUUUAUUAAAUUUUUUAGUCAGGGUUCAUAAGCAGUCUUUUAAACUAAUAAAUUACAUUACGUAGGUUUUUUUGUUUUAAAAAGAUUUUCAAUAAUAGCAUCUUUCCACAAAAGUAUGACAGCACAAAUUAGGCAUAAAAAAAGUUGUUUUCUUAUUUUUUAUAGCAAGUGUAAUAUUUUUCUAAUGAAAUAAAUAACUUCUUUAAAAUCCCCCCCCCCCGCGCUAAAAAAAAUAAAAACAAAGAAAAAAAAUUAUCUACAUGAUUAACAUCAAGUCGAAUAAUACAUUUUUGUAAAAAAAAAUGCAGCAUUCAAUUAAGUGAGAAAGCCGGUAUUUGGAUGUAUCAUAUUUUGUUCAUCCCCUAGAGCAGAAAUACCCAACCUGUAGGUCACGCGCUAUCUUCAGAUAUGACAGAUCAGGUUGAGCCACUCUGAACAGUUAAGAAUCCUAGUAAAUUUUUUGGGCUAGUAAUAUGGCUUUUACCUGAAAAAGACUCUGCCACUUCUAAUACACCCCCCCCCCCCUUAAAAAAUAAGGAAAUAGGUUAAAAGAUGCUCAUUCAGAAUCUGUCGUUUUUACCUUUCUACUCAACUGCAUUCUUCUACUGUAAAGGCUGGGUUCACACCUUAAAUUCUGCACACAUCUUAUAUUACACAUCGAUUUGCCACAAAAAUGCGGCUGUAAUCUGGAAAAAAAUUUGCAUGAUAUCAACUACAGAAUAUACCAUGCUCACAAAAAAUUUCAUGUUAUGUAAACCCAGUCUAAGCCUGCAAACACAGAAGUCUAAGUAGUCCUCUCCAUUAUAUUUCUGAGCUAAGCAGUCAUCUCUACAUUUCAGUAUGCCCCAUUUGUAGACUUACAACAGAGAAUGAAAAUAAGUUUAAACCUAAAAUUUACAGAUUUAAAAUCAUGUUUCUUGAAGGUAACAGAAUAUCAUAUAUCCCUUAUAUUUGCAAGAAUACAGGUUUGGCCCAGUAACAAAUACUAGUAAUGCUAUGACAUUAUGGCGCCACUAGAUCACAACAGUUUCAAGAACCAUCAAAAGAUGGCAUGUCAUAUGUAGGGGGCUAAGAACCACAUGUGGCCCUCCACCACUGAUUCAUACUGCUCUACAGAGUCCAGUGUACCAAUAAGAAUUUUAUGGUGAUGAACAUAUAAUUAUGCAACUUAACACUGUUUGUCAGUUGGAUCAAGUAUAAAUCUACUUAACAGAUCAAUAAAAAAAAUGGAUAUUUUGCCUUUAAUGUCAUUAGAUACAUACAAACAUAUCAUAUGUAAAUGUGCUUAAAGGAGAUCUGUAGUGCUCUGAACUUUAUCCCCUAUCCGAAGGAUAGAGGAUAAGUUUUAGAUCGCGGGGGGUCUGAGUGCUUGGGCCCCCCGCGAUCUAAAACGUAUCCCCUAUCCUUCGGAUAGGGGAUAAAGUUCAGAGCACUACAGACCUCUUUUAAAAUUAAAUUCAUAUUUUUUCAUCCUUUUACUUUUGACUUCCAUUUUAAAAAAAUAUUAAAAAGAAAAACAUAAAAAAUUUGGAUUCUGAAUUUGACAGAUUGGAAAGCUAAAGACGCUAAAUGUAUAAUUGUAUCUCUAUGGGAUUCAUGAAGGGGCGUGCUGGCUGCCGCGUCAAGUGGGGACGGGACGCCCCUUUACUGCACAUUGCCGUUGCCCCGUACAGGAGAUCACGGGGGGCCCCAGCGCUUGGACCCCCCGCGAUCUAAAACUUAUCCUCUAUCCUUAGGAUAGGGUAUAAAGUUCAGAGCACUACAGAUCUCCUUUAAAAUUAAAUUCAUAUUUUUUCAUCCUUUUACUUUUGACUAUCAUUUAAAAAAAUGUAAAAAAGAAAAACAAAAAAUUUGGAUUCUGAAUUUGACAGAUUAGAAAGCUAAAGACGCUAAAUGUAUAAUUGUGACUUUGCCCCUAAAUGUGGUGUGUAUUGUGGAUUCACUUUAAGAUAGCAGCAAUUUAGCAUCUAUAUUAUGGCAACAAUAUCUGGCCCUACUGGGUUCCCUCAAACUGAACUUAGAACAUGGAACCUUAUAGUAAAUAUUGGUUAUGUUGUUAACCAUAGUACAGACCCAAAUAUGUGGCUGUGUUAAAGUAAUAUAAAGUAGUAUAAAAGCAACCCUACCCCCACUUGUUUUUUUUCCCAUUGAAACACUAGUAACAUUAUACAUGUAUUUUUACAAAUUGCUAGUCUUUAUACACUACAUUUACUCUUCUGUAUGUAUAUAAGCCUGAUAAGUCAGUAUUUCAUUCAAUACUCAUGCAUUUGAUCCUUUCCUACAGAACGUAGUUGGAGAGAUGAAUACUUCAUAAUAUGUAAAUAGAUUAUAAUGAUAAAAGAUUCAUACUAUAAAUGUGUAUAUUAUUGGUAUUUGUAUUGUACUGCUAAAUUAUCAUUUUAUUUAAGUAUAUUCAGUUUGUAGAAAAGUUGCAUGUUGCUUUCUUAUUCAUUUUUUAAAUAAACUGGGGAAAAUGUC